UGGCUCUCCAGCAAGCUUCCAGGAUGAGAUCCAUUGGCCUUUCAACAUCUCUAAAACUGGCCUUUAUUUCAUUGGCAAUAUCUGGUUCCCAGGCAACAAGCUCUGUCAACAGAACUGGUGAAUGUGUGUUCAAACUUCUGGUUGCUGGGGAGCCCUGUGCUUCCCUUCUCCCCGACAACAAACACACACCAACACAAAACGUCUCCGCGGGUUUUGCCUUUGGCUUCUAGUCGUGUCCUUUUGCUGUACAUCAGUUGGGCUCUCAGUUUUCCCGAGGAGAGAAUGAGCCAUCAAGGUGUGGUCGUUUUGAACGUGGGAGGAUUGAAAUUCACUACCUGGCCGUCUACACUACAGCAGUUCCCCGAGUCCCGAUUGGCAAAGAUGCUCAACGGUGGCGAUCGGGAAUUUCGGCUGGUGAACGGCGAGUUCUUUGUCGACCGCGAUGGCGUUCUGUUCAGCUACAUUCUGGAUUUCUUAAGAACUCUCCAGGUUUCUCUGCCCAGUGAUUUCUCCGACUAUCAGAGGCUGGAGAGAGAGGCGCACUUCUACGAACUUUAUUCUAUGGCUGACCUCCUGAGUCAGGACAGUUUACUGAAGCCAAAGGUGGAGAUACUGGAAAUACGAUUCGUGCUCCAAGAGACGCAGGCUUUUUUCCGGGUUUUUGGCUCCUGCAGCACCACGAUCGAUGCACUAGCUGGGUGCGUCACCAUCUUCGCGGAGCAGCUUGGGGGCCCGACCUGGAAUAACCACAACAUCCCGUCUCAGAAACCACUGGUCCCCCUUCCUUUGGAGAGGCCUUCCCACCAUGACUUUAUUUUCCAGUGUGGCACUGACUAUAGCGAUCGGCUCGGGGCAAGGUACGUUUCUAUCAAACCUGAUCACCGGAAACUGAUUAACGGCACGAAUGUUCUCGGCUUGCUGGUGGAUGUCUUACUGAAAGAAGGAUUCCAUUUAGUAAGCACCCGGACAGUCUCGGCUGAAGAGAAAAUCGAAUGCUACUGUUUUGAAAGAACAAGGCAGCCGGAUGCCCUUCCCAUCAGCCAAGCCCAGCAGGGUGAUGUUGUGCCACAGACAAAGGCUGCCCAGAUGCACAAACAGAAGAGAGGCCUUCAGUGAGAGUUUAGACAUGGUGUAGAAAUCACAGGGCUUCAAAUUGUAAUGGGAGUAUAAAUGUAGCUCAUACGGUGUGGCAGCCAAAUGUUUGCAGCCAUACAGCUGUUAUUUGGUUCUUUUUAGUGAAAUAAAUGUUUG